UUGUAAUAUCAUUUUCCUAUGUAUUUUUGUAUUCGCUGUCUGAUUCACAUAUACAGUGGCCACCACACUAAAAUUCUUUUUUCAUGACAAAAAAUAAACAGAAGUAUUCAUGUGGUGCAGCGAACUGACAUCAAAACCUUCAAAGGACAAAAGAGUAAAUAUAUUUCGCUUUAAUUUGGACAAAAUGUCCUUGAAAGUCCCAAUAAAACAUAUCCAUUUAAUAGAGCACCCAAUGCAAAGCUGUUAGUUUCUGAACUAACAAUACAAAUUGUGUGACUAAAAUUUUGUGAUUACAGUUAGCUGAUAUAACUGUUACAUUAUAAACUUAUAGUACAUAAACUAUUUCUACACUUCAUUCAGUCAGUCUGUGCAUUGCUUGGCAAGUGCAAAGCUCUAUCCUGCUGUGGCUUCUUUGAGAACUAUUUUAGUUGGUGGAGCAAAAAUAAACAAAAUAUUUAGUCAUACUGUAUCUGAAAUAUCAGUUAUUCAAUGUAAAUUUCUUGUUAAUAUUGCAUGCAAUAUCACACUCGCAAUUGUGCUGUCUUACUGAAUAUCAGCAUGGCUGUGAAUUAGGCACAAGACCACCUUUAACAGCAUUCUUAUAUUUUAGCACUCUUGCUUGUGCGAUAUAGCUUAUUUAUAGUACUGGAGCACAGCUCCACAUGCCAUUCGCAUGAACCAAAGGUGAGAGAACUGCUUCCUACACAGAUAAAAUCCUUGAAGCAUAAUUUUCAAGGUUGUCAUAGGACUUCUGCACAGUACCGAACACCACACUGUCAUAAAUGUUAAUAUUUAAUCAGAAAUACUUUGCACUUAGUAUCAUGAUUAACAUAUUCUCAUAAACUGCAAGAUGUAUAACUCAUUUUCAUUCACACCCAGGAAGCACCAUGACAAGCGGCGAGCACAAAGGGCUGAAGCUGAAGCGGGAGGUAGGGUUAAUUAGUGCCGUAUCUCUGGUCGCAGGCACUAUGAUAGGAUCGGGGAUAUUUAUGUCCCCUCAGUUUGUGAUGGCCAAUGUUGGAAGCCCCGGAGCAAGCUUGAUUAUCUGGGCUGUGUGUGGCCUGGUGACUCUAUGUGCUGCGCUCACUUAUGCAGAGCUUGGUACCAUCUUCAGAGAAUCCGGAGGAGAGUUCAUAUAUGUCCUGAGAAUCUUCGGACCCUUACCUGCAUUCUUUGUGGCAUACACGUUUACAAUCGUGGUGAAGCCAGCCGGUAUUUCGGCUGUAGCCUUGAGUUUUGCUCAGUAUGCCGUGGCUCCUUUUUAUCCAGGCUGCAUGCCACCUAUGUUGGUGGUGAAAUGUAUAGCAGUGGCAUGCAUUUUUGUGGUGGCUACCGUAAAUAUGCUGAAUGUUCGCUUUGCCAUGGCCAUUCAGGUUAUCUUCCUGGUGGCCAAAGUUGUGGGUCUGAUGGUGAUCAUUAUUGGUGGAAUAGUUGCCAUUGCCCAAAAUGGCCUGGAAAACCUUGAAAAUCCAGACAUUGCCUUUAAGGGUACAACUUUGGAAAUCAGUACCAUUGGCAUGGCUCUGUAUCAAGGACUCUGGUCUUUCGCAGGAUGGUACAAUUUAAACUUUGUGCUUGAGGAGGUGAAAAAACCAGAGGUAAAUCUACCCCGGGCAUUAAUGAUUGCCAUCCCAAUGGUUACCAUCCUCUACUUGCUGGUCAAUAUCAGUUAUCUGGCCGUCAUGACUCCUAGAGAGAUGAUAAUGUCCAGUGCUGUAGCAGUUACUUGGGGCAAUAAGGUGCUGGGCAGCUGGGGAUGGGUGAUGUCUAUUGCAGCAGCAUUAUCUUCCUUUGGAACACUGAAUGGAUCGUUCUUCAGUGGAGUACGAAUUUGCUUUGUAGCUGCCCGAGAGGGUCACAUGCCUAGCAUCCUAUCCAUGGCCCAUGUGCGACGCCUCACGCCCUCUCCAGCUCUCAUCUUUACCACCAUUAUCGCUUUCAUUGUGCUCAUUCCUGGAGACUUCCAGGGAAUAAUCAACUUCUUCAGCUUUACAUCCUGGUUGUUCUAUGGAGUUACGAUAUCUGGACUACUCUAUCUCAAAAUCAAAAGGUCCCAUCUUUCACGUGUAUAUAAGGUACCCAUUUUUAUCCCUAUUCUGGUGCUGCUGGUGUCUGUGUUCCUGGUUCUAGCACCCAUCAUUGACAAUCCUCAGCUCGAGUACCUAUAUGUGACCCUCUUCAUCCUAAGUGGUGUUUUAAUUUAUUUUCCGUUCAUUCACUUCAAACUGUUUCCAGGCGUGCUGGACAAACUCACAGUGUUCCUGCAGCUCUUCCUGGAGGUGGCGCCAGCUGACAAAAAUGUAUAACACAUUGACACCAGAUUGAGAGGCAGAGCUUUUCAGCCUCUUGCUCUGGUCGGCAUUGGCCCUUUAUAACUAUUUGUAAUAUUUCUAUUGCCACUGUAUUCUGAAUGCUGAGGAUUUACAGUGUCUCAGAACUUGGGCAUUUUGUGAGUUUAUAAAAUCAAUAACAUGCUGUAUUUAUAUACCACUAGAAAUAGGCGUAAAAGAACAUUUCUAAUUGAAUUUCUUUACUUUUAUAUAGAAUAUAUACAUUUCUGUUUGUAAAUUAUAUAAUUUGUCAUUUUUCCAUGUAGAUAGAAAAUAAAUAAAGCAUUGAUAAGCAAAGAGAAAACAGAUUCAUAUAAUUUUAAGUAGGCUACUUACUUACUCAAAAUGCCAGUGUUUCCAAUUAACAGCUGCAAGAUCACAUGUCAAAAUAAUCAUACCAAAAUCACCUCAGACCAAGACAAGAAAGAACCCUUUAAAAGCAGUACAUUCACUACCCUCUUUUCUAUGAAGUCCUGCAGGAUUCCAAUGAAACACACAAGAAUAAAAUUCAGGUUUGUUACAUUUAUAAUUUUUCUUUCAAAAACAACUAGAUAGAGCCCAGAUUACAUUUUACAUUUCAUUUACUAUUAUCAGCUGAUAUACUUCCUCGCCAGUAAAGGGUUAUUAUGACUUUGAAGUAAUCUAGCUAUACAUUACGUCUGUGCUGACAAGCUUAUAAUGACAAAGAACAUUUGUUAUGUCAUUGCCACCGUUUGUUAUGACAACAAGACUCUUUGAAACUCCAAGCCAUGUCCUACAAGCGCAAUCAAAAGCCGUCACAGCCACAGGGCGCAGUCCAUUCAUUGUCCACCGCGUCAACGGUAAGAUGGAAGUCUAUUUGGUCUAACAUCUCGCGAUAUUUCUAAUGCUCGACGGGAAUUUGCGUUGCUGGAGAAACAAAAGCAGCCAAAAAAGAAGCUCCCUCUGUUUUUUUUUCCAACUUCUUUCUUGGGUCGCUUAUACGCACACACAUACUAACUAACUAACUAACACACACACACACACACACACACAGGGCCGUAGCUAGGGAGUUCUAGCUACAUAAAGUUGUUGUUGUGGGCCCCACCGUCCUCCACCCAUAUAAAAUACGGCAUAAGAUACCGUAUGGGCAUGGAGGCCCACAUCUACGGUGCCAAGUAACCUAAUUGGGAUUUCUAACAAAAUAACAAAACAGAGCACAACACAAAUACAAACUAAUAAAAUAAUAACAAAAGACAAGAAAUAAAUAAAAUAUUUAAAUAAAAUAAAUGAACCAAAUGUAGCAGCAAUGUAAUAAAAACGUCACUUAAAUUACUCAUUGUCUUAAUUUUUGAUGAAGAUAUGCUACUCCUUAACAUAUUAUUAAAUAAAACUAAUAAAUGUAUCCAUCCAAGAUAAAUGAGUUGUAUUAUAUAUUAUAUAUAAAAGUAAUGUUCUUGUGAAAUGUUUAUCUUGUUUAAGAACCUUUAUCUUAGGUUAGCGUGCAAACACGCAUGCGCAAGAUAAACCACAGGCCAGUCACUUCUAGUCCUCGUGGCGAAAGA